AUGAUGGACCCAAAUCAACAUUUGAAAAAGUCAGCAGAGGCAACACCUUCAAAGAAAAGGGAAACUAGAUGCUGCAAUGGAUUCAAGAUGUUCUUAGCAGCCCUGUCACUCAGCUUUAUGUGUAAGGCACUAGGUGGAGUCGUUAUGAAAAGUUCCAUCACUCAGAUAGAAAAGAGAUUUGACAUAUCAUCUUCUGUUUCUGGCUUAAUUGAUGGAGGCUUUGAAAUUGGAAAUUUGCUUGUGAUUGUAUUUGUGAGUUAUUUUGGAUCCAAACUACACAGACCAAAAUUAAUUGGAGUUGGUUGCUUCAUUAUGGGAACGGGAAGUAUUUUGACUGCUUUACCACAUUUUUUUAUGGGAUAUUACAGGUAUUCUACAGAAACUCUUAAUAAUCCAUCAGAAAAUUUAACAACAAGCUUUCCAACCUGUUCAAUUAGUGAGAGUUUGUUUUUCAAUAGGACAUCACCUAAGAUAGUAGAAAAAGGUUGUGAAAAGGAAUCUGGAUCAUAUAUAUGGAUAUAUGUACUACUGGGUAAUUUGCUCCGUGGAAUUGGGGAAACCCCCAUAGUACCCUUGGGGAUUUCUUAUAUUGAUGAUUUUGCUGAAACAGGACAUUCUUCUUUUUAUUUAGGUACUUUGCAUGCAAUAUCAAUGAUUGGUCCAAUCAUUGGCUUUAUACAGGGAUCUCUGUUUGCUAAAAUGUACGUGGAUAUUGGAUAUGUAGAUCUCAGCAGUAUCAGAAUAACUCCUAAGGAUUCUCGGUGGGUUGGUGCCUGGUGGCUUGGUUUCCUUGUGGCUGGAAUAUUAUCCAUUAUGUCCUCCAUACCUUUCUUUUUCCUGCCCAAAAAUCUGGAUAAACCACAGAAACAAAGGAAAGAUUUAGCAUCUUUGCAUUUGCUCAAAACAAAUGAGGAAAGGAGUCCAAAGGCUAAUGUGACCAACCAUGGGCAAAAUGUUAGUGAAAACAUAACUGAUUUUUUCCAGUCCUUGAAAAGCAUCCUUACCAAUCCCCUAUAUGUUAUAUUACUAUUUUCAUCAUUGCUACUGGCCAGCAGUCAUAUUGGUGCUAUUACUUAUAUCUUCAAAUAUAUAGAGCAACAGUAUGGUCAGUCAACAUCUGAGGCUAAUGUUUUGCUUGGAACCAUAACCUUACCAACUAUUGCAACUGGAAUAUUUACAGGAGGAUACAUCAUUAAAAAAUUCAAAUUUAGCUUGCUUGGAAUUGCCAAAUUAUCAUGUUUUUGCACUGCAAUGUCCCUCCUAAUUCAGCAAUUUAAUUUUGCAGUAAUUUGUGAAAACAAACCAGUUGCUGGCCUAACAUUGACCUAUGACGGAAAUGAUCCAGUGUCAUCUCACAUAAAUGUACCACUUUCUUAUUGCAACUCAGACUGCAAUUGUGAUGAAAGUCACUGGGAACCAGUCUGUGGAGAUAAUGGAGUAACUUAUAUGUCACCUUGUCUAGCAGGUUGCAAAUUUUCAAGUGGCAAUAAAAAGCCUAUAGUGUUUUAUAACUGUAGUUGUGUGGAAGUAACUGAUGCCCAGAACAAAAAUAAUUCAGUGAAUUUGGGUGAAUGCCCAAGAGACAAUCAAUGUGCAAAAAAAUUUUAUAUUUAUGUAAUUGUGCAAGUCUUGAAUUAUUUUUUCUCUUCAUUGGGAAGCACUCCAACUAUCAUGCUGGUUUUUAAAAAUGUUCAACCUGAGCUGAAAUCCCUUGCGGUGGGUUUCCAUUCACUAACUAUACGAGCAUUAGGAGGAAUUCCAGCUCCUAUAUAUUUUGGGGCUCUGAUUGAUAAAGCUUGUAUGAAGUGGUCCACCAGCAGCUGUGGGAAGCGAGGAUUUUGCCGGAUGUAUAAUUCUACAUUAUAUGGAAAUACCUACUUGGGCUUGAUUGUAAGCUUAAGAUUUUCAGCACUUAUUCUGCUUGUUGUAUUAGUUUUCACUAUGAAGAAAAUAUAUCAAGGAAAAAACACCAAGGCAUCAGAAAAUGGAAGAAAAGAUAUGAAUGAAGCAAACUUAGAACCCUUAAAUAGUGAUGGAUAUUUUGUACCUUCUUCCAGAGCAGACAAUGAAACACAUAUGUAAGGAGAAGAAGAAAAUUAUGUUGCUGUGUUUUAAACCAACAUUGUAUUAAAUUAGUAUGAUGUUAUUUUGA